AGUCAUUAGUUAUUAAAGAUUUACACCAUUUCUGUUGAUGCUGAAUCGAUAGCAUUUCGCUUCGAGUAUUUUACUUCUUUUCUCUCUCUUUCAGUUACAAAACUUAUACAACCUGUUAAAUGAAAACUACGUAGAGGAUGAUGACAACAUGUUCCGGUUUGACUACAGUAAAGAGUUCCUCCGGUGGGCUCUGAUGCCACCCAGUUGGAAGCCUCAGUGGCAUGUUGGUGUGCGGGUCACCAAAAGCAAAAGAUUAGUAGGUUUCAUCUCUGCCGUUCCAGCCCAUAUCAGGAUAUAUGACCAUACACAAGCAAUGGUAGAAAUCAACUUCCUGUGUGUGCACAAAAAGCUUCGAGCCAAGCGCCUAGCUCCAGUUUUGAUUAAGGAAAUUACUAGAAGAGUUAAUUUAACUGGAAUAUUCCAGGCUGUUUAUACUGCUGGUGUAACACUGCCAAAGCCAGUUGCAUCCUGUCGCUAUUGGCACCGUUCCCUCAAUCCAAAGAAGCUCAUUGAUGUCAAGUUCUCCCACCUGGGUAAGAACAUGACCAUGCAACGGACAUUAAAGCUGUACCGGCUGCCAACAGAAACUGCGACAAAAGGGUUUCGCAGACUGAAAGUGGAGGAUGUGGAUCAGGCCCACACUUUGUUAGACUCUUACCUGAAGAAGUUUGAUCUGGCACCUGUGUUCAGCAGAGAAGAAUUUAUGCAUUGGUUCCUCCCACAGGAUAACAUUAUAGAUAGCUACAUAGUUGAGAAUAAUGGAAAGAUUUCAGAUUUCAUGAGUUACUACACUCUCCCCUCAACUGUAAUGCACCACCCUACAUACAAGACCCUAAAGGCAGCAUACUCCUUCUACAAUGUUUCAACAGAAACGUCAUGGAAGACACUGAUGAAAGAUGUACUCAUUACAGCAAAAAAUUCUGAAUUUGAUGUAUUCAAUGCUUUGGAUCUGAUGGAAAAUUCUCAGUUCCUUGAUGAACUCAAAUUUGGCCAAGGUGAUGGUAAUCUCCAGUAUUACCUCUACAACUGGCGGUGCCCAAACAUGACUCCCCAGAAGGUUGGACUGGUGUUGCAAUAGUCAAAGCAGAUUUAGUUUAUAGAAUGUGUAUUCCAUCUAGUGAAAUGGGAUGGAGUUCCUAGUUUGAGACUGCUUCAAUUCUGCUCAGUAUUUGGCUCUUAUGUUUCAUAUUCCAGUAUAAGGAACACAUAUAUAAAGAUGACAAGAACAAAGAAAAUGUAUUUAUAUUCUCUGAAGUGAGCUGCAGUUGAAUUGUGUACAGGUUGCAAGGUCUAUAUACAGUAUAAAUAAAGAAAAAAAAAGAUUAUAAUUACCACCCUUUGGCAGUCACUUUACCGUUGCCUCCACUAGCACAAUCCUAGGAUCAUUGAGAGUAUAAGAAAAGAAUGGAAGUGUUGGAUUGCCGGUUACAAAUCUAUUACAUGUGGAGGUAAUAGCCAUACAUAUGGCUAGGGUGCAAGUUAUUUCUAUCUGUGUUUGUAUUUUUUCUCACUUUUUUCCUUUCCUUUUCAUCUUUGAAGAAUAAAGAAAAUGAAUGGGAGAUUAUUUUACACCCAAUGAAAAUAAAAUGUUUUACCAUUAGUCCAUCAGUCAUAAGAAAGAAAGAAAAAAAAUAUAGCAGAAUUGUAAAUUCAGUGGAUACUUCACCUCUCACCAGAUGUAAAAAAAACAAAACCACAAAGCAAAAAACCUACAGGCAUCAUAAGAAUUAUGGUUCACCUCAUUUGUGUAAAAUGUAUGAUGUAAAAACUAUCAAGCUAUUCUAUCUCUAAGUUUUUCUAUCUGUUUAUCCAUUUCUGUCUUUUCUUCCUAUAUUUCUCUUUGUAAUAUCUGGCUGUCUGUGUAUCUAUUUGCCUAUCUGUCUGAGUAUCUAUCUAUCUAUCCGUCCAUCUAUAGAUAGUUAGAUACAUAGAUAGAUAUGAAUAUAGCCAUAGAUAUACAUGUAUAUAAGAUAUGCACACAUUCUCAAAGAUGGAGUGAACUUCACAUGGUGAUUUAUGUAUUGCAAUCCAGGAGUCAGAAAAUCAUGGUCGUCAAUCCAGUGGCUUCUGAUCACACCACCAAACACUAGUCUAAGGCAGAGUUAUAAACCAUGUCACUUAUUUACUGUGAUAUCAUUUGCUUGGGUAGAGGCAGUAUAGAAUUGUCAGUGUUAUUGAAUUGUUUUGUUUAAUGUAUGGAAUUAUUGAAAAAGAGGGAUGUUCUAUGCAUUUUGAUUACGUCUUGUGGUAAUUUUUUAAUUGUGGAGAUUUUGGUUUUAUUUUUGUAUUAUUAUUUUAGUAAAUUUGAAAUGUAUAACAGUGAAGUACAGUUAGUGAAUGAUAUGUAUCAUUUUUGCUAUUAUUGUUAUUGCUAUUAUUUCUGUUACUAUUUUUAUUAUUAUUAUAUUGAUUAUUCUUAUUCAUUUAUUUUUCAUGAACAGUGUUCAUUACAACAUAUGUAGAAAGAAAAAGGUAUGAAUGAGAAUGAAUAUCUUCACAGAGAAGAGAAGGAUUUGACCAGUUUCACAUAUAUCUUCAUCAGAAAUGAGACAUCUCUUAUACUUUGAAGAUUUGCAUUCUCAGUCAGUUCUUUUUGUAUUUUUCUUUAUUGUAAUUAUUAUUGAUUUCUUACUUUUUUACAUUAUUUCAAUUCUCAUUUACAGCCUUUAUAAGACGGAAAAAUGGGUUUGUCUUGUGUUGCUGUUUUGCAAAUGCCUAUUAGUUUAACAGCCAUGUAGUGUGUCAGCUAGAUAAGCUAGUAUUUCAGGGUCCUUGAGAUAACACAAAAGUGCAUUUUACAUUUUGUAGAAUGUGAUUUUCUAUGUAUCUGUUCUUUCUUGUUACACAAAAGUUAAAUGGCUAGAAAAAGGACAAGGCUAAGAAAUAAAAGAGGAGGAUAAAAUAAAGUGAUAGAAGGAC